AUGUGCCAUUCCCAGGGCCACACAGAUGGGCAGUAUGGAACCUCCCAGGUCCUCUCUCUGUUCUGCAAAUACUGGAGCAGCAGACGACCAAACAGAGAUGGACAAUGGCACAGGUACGAUUGCCCAAGUCUGCAGGACUACACCAGAAACAACAUUCGGUUUGUUACACUCACAUCUGUGGUCAAGUUCGGUUUGUCACACUCACAUCUGUGGUCCAGUUCGGUUUGUCACAUUUACAUCUAUCGUCCAGUUCGGUUUGUCACACUCGCAUCUGUG